GCUUCACAAGCCUUCUCUGAAGUCUCGCGUUGUUACGUCUCUGGGUUUAGAAACUGGUAGUGGGGGAACAGGAAGUUCCGCGCAGGCGCGCAUCAUUCUUCGCAAUCAAGGAAACGCUAGAAUUGUGCAGUCGAGACGACAACUUCUGUGUCCGUUUCAAAUGUAUGUCUACUGGUAGGCUGACUCAGAUUAAGUCUGAGGCCGGUAACAUCAACAGUGAGGACAAACCCAACCUGCCUCUCCUUCCACACCGAGUCCAAACCUACAGUCACUGGGUCCUGAUUGUAACAGUGGAGUCCAGUUUGCACUGCAGGAUCCAGAGAUGGCAUCAGUGAAGCUGGAAGACUGCAGUCAAACACUGGAGAUGAAUGUCAACAUUAAAGAUGAAGAAGAGGAGGAGGAGAUUGGGAAAUCUGUUAGUCAUGGUAUGACGCCGGUAACAUCAACAGUGACGACAAACCCAGCCUGCCUCUCUCCUUCCACACUGACUCCAAACCUACAGUCACUGGGUCCUGAUUGUGACAGUGGAGCCCAGUUUGCUCUGCAGGAUCCAGAGAUGGCAUCAGUGAAGCUGGAAGACUGCAGUCAAGCACUGGAGCUGAAUGUCAACAUUAAAGAUGAAGAAGAGGAGGAGAAGAUUGGGGAAUCUGUUUCUCAUGGACUAGAAUUAAGUCUGAGGCCAGUAACAUCAACAGUAAUGACAAACCCAGCCUGCCUCUCUCCUUCCACACUGAGUGCAAACUUACAGUCACUGGGUCCUGAUUGUGACAGUGGGGCCCAGUUUGCACUGCAGGAUCCAGAGAUGGCAUCAGUGAAGCUGGAAGACUGCAGUCAAACAGUGGAACUGAAUGCCAACAUUAAAGAUGAAGUGGAGGACAAGAUUGGGACAUCUGUUUCUCAUGGACUAGAAUUAAGUCUGAGGCCAGUAACAUCAACAGUAAUGACAAACCCAGCCUGCCUCUCUCCUUCCACACUGAGUCCAAACCCACAGUCACUGGGUCCUGAUUGUGACAGUGGGGCCCAGUUUGCACUGCAGGAUCCAGAGAUGGCAUCAGUGAAGCUGGAAGACUACAGUCAAACACUGGAGCUGAAUGUCAACAUUAAAGAUGAAGAAGAGGAGGAGAAGAUUGGGAAAUCUGUUUCUCAUGGAGACCAUGUUGAGACAUUCUCUACAUCCAGAGAGCAUCAGCAGGAAGAUCACAUAGCAAAGAGGUCUCACCACUGCACACAUUGUGAGGAGAUUUUCCCAUUUCUAUCAAAGCUAAAAAUACACCUAAAAAUACACACAGGAGAGAAGCCUUACUCCUGCUCUGAAUGUGGGGCGAGUUUCUCUCAUCGGUACACCUUAAAACGACAUGAACGUAUACACACAAGAGAGAAGCCUUACUCCUGCUCUGACUGUGGGGCAAGUUUCUCUCGACUGGGCACCUUAAAAAACCAUGAACAUAUACACACAGGAGAGAAGCCUUACUCCUGCUCUGACUGUGGGGCAAUUUUCUCUCGACUGGGCACCUUAAAAAACCAUGAACGUAUACACACAGGAGAGAAGCCUUACUCCUGCUCUGACUGUGGGGCAAUUUUCUCUCGACUGGGCACCUUAAAAAAGCAUGAACGUAUACACACAGGAGAGAAGCCUUACUCCUGCUCUGACUGUGGGGCAAGUUUCUCUCAACUGGGCCACCUAAAAAUACAUGAGCGUUUACACACAGGAGAGAAGCCUUACUCCUGCUCUGAAUGUGGAAAAUGCUUCAAAACGUCAACGGCGCUAAAAGUUCAUCAUGGAACACACAGAGCAGAGAAGCCUUUCUCCUGCUCUGAUUGUGGAAAGAGUUUCUCUCAUCGGGAUACCUUAAAACAACAUGAACAUAUACACACAGGAAAGAAGCCUUACUCCUGCUCUGACUGUGGGGCGAGUUUCUCUCGACUGGGCACUUUCAAAAAACAUGAACGUAUACACACAGGAGAGAAGCCUUACUUCUGCUCUGACUGUGGAAAGAGUUUCUCUCAACUGGGUACCUUAAAACUACAUGAACGUAUACACACAGGAGAGAAGCCUUACUCCUGCUCUUACUGUGGAAAGAGUUUCUCUCGAACGUGCACCUUACAAAAACAUGAACGUAUACACACGGGAGAGAAGCCUUACUCCUGCUAUGACUGUGGGGCGAGUUUCUCUCGUCCGGACACCUUAAAACAACAUGAUUGUUUACACACAGGAGAGAAGCCUUACUCCUGCUCUGACUGUGGAAAGAGUUUCCAUCAACUGGGUACCUUAAAACAACAUGAACGUAUACACACAGGAGAGAAGCCUUUCUCCUGCUCUGACUGUGGAAAGAGUUUCUCCCACCUGGGCACCUUAAAACAACAUGAACGUAUACACACAGGAGAGAAGCCUUCUUCUGCCCUGACUGUGGAAAGAAUUUCUCUCACCUGGGCACCUUAAAACAACAUGAACGUAUACACAAAGGAGAGAAGCCUUACUCCUGCUCUGACUUUGAAAAGAGUUUCUCUCAGGAGUAAGAGAAGCCUUACUCCUUUUCUGACUGUGAGGCAAGUUUCUCUCGUCCGGACACCUUAAAAUGACCUGAACAUACACACACUGGAGAGAAGCCUUACUCCUGCUUCGACUGUGGAAAGUGUUUCUCUUGAAUGUGCCAUUUAAAAAGACACCAAAGGAAACACGAGAGGAGCCUUACCACUGAUCUGACUGUAGGAAAUGUUAAAACACCAGCUGAGCUUUAAGGUCAUUAGAGAAAAGACAAAGGAGAGAAGCCUUAUUUCCGCUCUCAAUGUGGCAAGAGUUUUUCCCAAUUGGGCAAUGUAAAAACACACCAACGGAUACACACUUCAGAGAAGCCUUAUCACUGCACUGACUGUGGGAAGAGGUUCUACAGAUUGGGUCAUUUAAAAAGACACAAAUGUAUACAUAAAGGACAGGCCUCAUCAGUUCUCUCAGACCAGCUAAGAUUAGACACUCCAUUUAAUUCUCAUGUCAUUAAAUAAUUGGCAACGUUGAAUUUGAUCAAAUGAAGAAAGUGUAGAACACUAUUGUAAUCCUAUAGUUUCUCACUGUGAGAGAACAAUGCAGAGGAAAGGGAGCAUUAUAGAAUGUUAGUCUCUCUUUACUGAUCAGUGUGCACCUUGUCAGUUUUGGUGUGAGAGAGAAUAAAGUAGACGGCACACGUCAAACGUUUGAUUUAUGACCCUAUGUCCGGAUGACGUGUGCAUGCCCAUAUUUGGGCAUCCGGUAAGGACAUCCUGGCGGGGAGUGAUCACGUGGUUAUGCCCAUAUAUGUUUAUCCUGUUCCUGUUCUCACGCCUUAGAGUGAGUGCGACAAUAUGUAUAUAAUGCCUUUGAAGUUGUCAUGAUGAUUGAUGUCUAGUGACCUCUUUGAACUGGGGGGGGUGACCAUUUCAAAGAGUUUGACCCCCCCACCUCCUGUUUUAUUGACCUUAGGGUUGUUGUCUAUGAAACACGAAUGUCCUGGGGUAUUGGGGUUGGCAGACGCCUUAUAAAUAAAGCCCAGAACAAGACAUGCGUCCCCAGAACACUAAACAAGAUUUUUAAAAUCAGCAUGGAUUUUGUGAUCAGUGGCAAAGCUGUGAUGACUGUAACAACGGAAGCAGGACCUCGGUUGAAACAUCGAGAAAGGGCCAAGUAUAGAGCCACAAUAUACGAUGCGCCAAAAAAAGCGGUUUCUAAGUGUGUAUAGAACCCAAAUACCGCCCGCAACUACGCUGAAAGAUCAAGUGCUGAUGUCUAAUGGACAUCAAUCGGGGUAUCGGUUUGAUUACCUGGCCUACAGAGUGAACCUCUAUACAGUAGCCGAAGGAGAAGAAUAUACAGACCAGACUUUAGGAGUGGACUACGGGCUUGAAGACUGGACGGUUUUUCGCAAGGUUGUGUGUCCCGAACUGAGCCUUAUCACCAAGGGGUAUAGCUUGUUCAAGGUGCCCCUGACUCCUCAGGAAGAAUAAUUCACAGGGUGAAAAUACAAAGAAAGAAUGGACUUCCAUGUGGCUACGUGGAGUUCUAUUUCGGCAACGAGGAAACCCGCAACCAAAACAUUUGUGAUGGUGGGGAUUUUAGGUUGCGCAUGCUUAUUCCUUUUCAAAUUUGGGAUCUAAUGGAAUUGAAAAUGUUCCAGCUGUUGGACGCUCUCUUUGUACAGAGCCAACAGCGGCAGAGCAUUGUUCAUGUAAAGAAGUGCAUAAUAUAUACGAAUCCUGAGGAUUAUGAUUCAAAGGAGCCCCAAGAAGGUACAUCCUCAGAAGGGACAGCCUCCGAAGAAAACUAAGUACGCGGUUGCAUUAACCACGCCCUGAUACCCAAAGGACUGGUUCAACAAUAAAAGGAGUGCCCUUAAAGCCUCCAGUUCUUCAUUUCAUCAUACACCAUGGAUAUUCAUACAACAUACCAGGACUCCGAUACGACAUGGGGGCCAGACCCUAAGGACUCUAUGCCUCGCAGCCCGGCUUUCUACUCCCCCCUGGCGAGACCCACAACACCCCCUACAUGUACACAGUCUGAGGACGUGUUUGAUGGGUUAGUCAGUACUAUUUUUGUGGACACCAUCAAGGCCUCUGUAGCCACACUUCUAGACGUGGUGAUUGGAGAAUAUAUAAGAGAGAAAUGCAUCGGUUGUGAGAUCAAUCACCCCAGCAAGCGCCGUAUAUGACCCACCAAGAUACUACUACUUCAACCAAUUUGAGGAGCUGGUGAAAAGACUGUGGUCCUGCAGGUUUAUACCAUCGCUGGUCAGAGCCCUGGAGUCUAUGGGUCUUGUGCCGUCUAUCCCCAGAGUUUACUUGGUAACCACGGCAUUCCUACAUGAACUGAAGGAGGCAAUCUACAUCCACGAUAAACUCAAAGAAAUCCGACACACCCUGUUGGACGACAAUAAAUACCGGGAAGCUGUGGUGGCUGAUGUGAUGACUUUCUGGCUCAAUAAACCCCAAGAGACCUAGUGACAUUUUGUUAUUUAGAUGUAAAGCAAUGGGCAACUAUGUGUAUACGAUGUUAGAGAUAAUAAAUAAAUGUCUUCUUUUGAGAGAACUUACAAAUGUUAUGCAUCAGAUUAUUGAAAAUAAAGUGAACGAUGUAUCGUUCUACACAACACACAAUGCCUGGGUUAAUGGAGAGCGUGUGCUGAAAAUGGAACAAAUCAUGAAUCAUGUUGUGGAUGAUUCUGAAGAACUAGAAACAACUUUGUCUAAGAUUUUACUUGUUUGAAACACCAUUUAAUUGUAACGUGUAUCAUAUUUGUUGUUUAUAUGCUUAUAUAUCGGACAUGUGUGUUUUAAAAUUUCAGCGACACAAGUCUGUAAAUCAAAACCAAAAUAUACAGGGUGUUGCAUGCUGUGAUCGUUGAGAAAACUGGGACAUGUAUCCUGCAAAGAAUCCUGAAUUGUCUGUAUACGUAAUACUUGAUGCAUGAAUAAAAUUAAAAUUCUAUAAUGAAAA